AUGGGUGUCCAGAAAAAGACUCGCAAAUUCGCAGAGGUCAAGCGAGUUAUCGGUCGUCGCGAUGCCAGGCUGAAGGAGAACAAGCUCAAGGCUGAGUUGGCCCAGAAGGAGAAGGAAAAGAAGACUAUCAAUGGCGAGGUUAUCCGAGAAGCUCCCCAAAUGCCCAGCAACAUGUUCUUCCAGCACAACACAGCUCUCGUCCCGCCGUACAGCGUUCUCGUCGAUACCAACUUCCUCAGUCACUCAGUCCAGCGAAAGCUCUCUCUUCUCGACUCCAUGAUGGAUUGUCUCUAUGCAAAAUGUAACCCUAUCAUCACAUCGUGUGUCAUGGCUGAGUUGGAAAAGCUUGGACCCAAGUACCGGCUGGCAUUGAGGGUUGCGCGAGACGAGCGAUGGACACGACUUGAGUGCGACCACAAGGGUGUGUACGCUGAUGACUGCUUGGUAGACCGAGUGCAGAAGGACAGAAUUUACAUUGUGGGCACAAACGAUAAGGCGCUCAAGCAACGGCUACGCAAGAUUCCUGGUGUGCCUAUCAUGAGUGUGGCACGUGCCAAAGAGCAACCAUGUAGCCAAUGCGACAAAAAGGGUCGCGCUUCGCAGUGCACUUAUGCUCCCAAGCCUGAGAAAAAGCGGCCAGCUAAGGGCAUGUCAGCGAGGCUAAAGCGGCUUGAAGGUAUGGUACGGGAGAUGAUGGACUCCGAAAACUCAGUCCAAACAGCAGGAUCGAGUUUAGUAAACAGCUCUAGAGUUACCAAUGGAGCUACCGGUCCGGAGGUGCAAGGCCAAGUGGUGAGAGGCGACAAAACAACAACGUAUGUUGGAGCAACACAUUGCAUGGCCAUGCUGGAAGAUAUUGAAGACCUGAAGAGUUAUUUUGACCAGCCUGAUGAUACGGAGGAAGAUCAAAUUUUGGCAGAUGAGAUCGACCCCACGGAACUCAUGUUGAAUACCAGAGCUGGUCCAAGAAAUCGAGAGAAGUUGUUGGGUCGUCUACCGGACCGCAAGGUAGCAGAUAGACUCAUCUCACGCUAUUUUGCCUCAAUGAGUCCUUCGCAACAUAUUGUCCAUCGGCCGACUUUCACCAGACAGUAUGCAAAAUUCUGGCAAGACCCCGAGGAAACCUCGUUGCACUGGAUAGCUCAGUUGUUCAUGAUGCUCAGUCUCGGAGUCUUCUUUAACAAAUUCAUCAACUCAACUGAACUCGAGGGCGACUCUCCCCUCCCAGCUCUCGACAGAAUUCGCCACUACAAAGCCUGCGCAGGAUGGGCUCUGGUCUGGGGUAAAUACACACAGCCUUCAUCAGCAACUCUACCUGCUUUCUUGUUGUAUGUCGAGUCGCACUUCUUAUUCAACCGUGCAGCCCAGAUGAAUUGCUACGUGCUCUCCGGUGUGUGUAUACGCUUGAUGCUCAAGAUGGGCCUUCAUAGAGAUCCAAGCAAACUGGCCAACAUUUCGCCCUUUGAAGGUGAGAUGAGACGGCGCAUGUGGAACAUGGCUAUUCAAGUUGAAUUUCUGGUAUCCUUCCACAUGGGCCUUCCUAGUAUGCUACAGGGAAUCGAAACGGACACUACAGUACCACGAAACUUGCAGGAUGAAGAUUUUGAUGAAAGCUCAACAGAGUUACCUUCCAGCCGACCUUCGACAGAUUGGACGUCUAUGACAUAUCCUAUCCACAAAACACAGAUUCUACGAGUCUUUGGACAAAUAGCACGGCAAGCUCAUGCCUUGACGCCGCCAAGCUACGCCGAAGUCAUGAAACUUGACGAUUUACUGCAGAACACCUGGCAAAACGUUCCCGCUUUCAUGAUGGUGCGUCCGCUUGAUGAGUGCGUAGGAGAUCCGCCAGUGUUACUCAUUCAAAGAUUCGGGCUGACUGCCCUCUACAACAAAUGUCGCUGUGUCUUGCACCGACGAUAUCUCGCAGAAGCAAUCCCACAACGAGAACAUGACUACUCACGUAGGCAAUGUCUGGAAGGAGCUUUAUCGUUGCUGAACUAUCAACAUAUUAUCUGGGAAGCUUCUAAACCGGGUCAUGUUCUGAGCCAUCACGCUUGGUUUGUCUCAUCCCUCUCAGUCCAUGAUUUUUUGCUGGCUGCUAUGGUAAUCUAUCUUGUGGCCAAGAACGAAAACUGUUCAGAAUUCGGAGGCAACUACGCAGCGUCUACGAAGGAUGAACUUAUCGACAUGAUAAAGCGAUCUCAUCUCAUCUGGUCCGAUGUCUCACAAGACGUGUCCGAGGUCAAAAAGACAGCAGACACACUUGCGACAAUGUUGACUAAGCUCGGAGUUCCAGUUAGUCAAUCGACAAACACUUAUGAACAAACUAUGUCUAUUAUCAGCAUCGAGAACGAAUCCUCGUCACUGGGUGCUCCCUCGGUAGACCCCAGCACCAUGGGCUCGACCGGAGCGGACCCGGGACUUUUAUCAUCUCUGGGCCUGAACACCUCGACUGGAUCUGCAUCAGAACAGACACCCCUGAAUCUGGGUCUCACAGGAGAUGCAGGAACUAGCAUGAGUUUUCCGAAUAUGGGGACGGAGGGGCUCGACUUCGAUCCGGCUUGGAUGGAUACUGCAGCUAGCAACAUGGAUUGGCGCUAUCUGGACAUAUCACUUGCUCAUAGUCACGAUGCUGGACGGAACGAGGAUACCGGACAGACAUGGAUAGAGAGGGCGCCGCCUUUGGAGGAGAUGGACAUCAUGGGACCAGGAAAUUGGAUACCCAGCCACCCCGGAUCCAGCUGA